AUGGCUUCCAACGGCGCCAACGGAGCAUCUCCGUCACCUCAGGUCCAGCCCUGCAGGUACAAAGUCGGCAAGACGCUUGGUGCCGGUUCCUACUCCGUCGUCAAGGAGUGCGUUCACAUUGAUACCGGUCGCUACUAUGCCGCAAAAGUCAUCAACAAGCGAUUGAUGGCCGGACGAGAGCAUAUGGUCCGCAAUGAAAUCGCAGUCCUGAAAAAGGUCUCCAUGGGCCACCAGAACAUUCUGACACUUGUCGAUUACUUUGAGACGAUGAACAACCUCUACCUCGUGACCGAUCUGGCUCUCGGCGGCGAGCUCUUCGACCGCAUCUGCCGCAAAGGCUCAUACUACGAAUCCGACGCUGCAGAUCUUAUCCGGGCGACGCUCUCUGCCGUUGCUUAUCUGCACGACCACGGCAUCGUCCACCGCGAUCUGAAGCCCGAGAACCUCCUGUUCCGUACGCCAGAAGACAACGCAGAUCUCCUGAUUGCCGAUUUCGGACUGAGCCGCAUUAUGGAUGAGGAGCAGUUCCACGUGCUGACCACGACAUGCGGUACCCCUGGCUACAUGGCCCCCGAGAUCUUCAAGAAGAUUGGUCACGGCAAGCCUGUAGAUGUAUGGGCGCUCGGUGUCAUCACCUACUUCCUUCUAUGCGGUUACACGCCGUUUGACCGCGAUAGCGAUUUCGAGGAGAUGCAAGCCAUCUUGAACGCCGACUACAGCUUCACCCCCUUCGACUACUGGCGGGGUGUUUCCGACCACGCAAAGGAUUUCAUCCGUCGCUGCUUGACCAUUGACCCGAACAAGCGCAUGACGGCGCACGAAGCCCUGCAACACCCCUUCGUUGCCGGCUACCUCAAUAAUGGCGAAGGCGAAGGCCAGAACUUGCUGCCCACUGUCAAGAAGAACUUCAAUGCUCGUAGGACGCUGCAUGCUGCAAUUGACACAGUUCGUGCCAUCAACAAGCUUCGCGAGGGCCAGAGCAAUUUGAUGGACGGGGCGAAGUCAAAAGAGCCAGGACGUGGCGCUGCAGCCCUCAAGACUCAGCAAAACGCAAGGAAGGACGACAGUGCCAUCAGCCUCGGCAAUGGGGGCCACAAGGAUUCAGGCUACGGAACGCAACCCGAAGCCGACAGCCAGAAUGAUGUGGUCAUGUCCGAUGCAGGUCCGGCACCCAGCAGUGUUCCAGCAAGUUUGCGGCCAGGCAGUGAACAAAACAAGGUUGUCGAGACAAGCAAGGGGCUGUGGAGUGGUCCAGCAUUGCGGCGAUAG